AUGUAUUGCAGCAAGGAGUGUCAGAAACAGGCAUGGUCUACCCACAAGGUUUCAUGUCGCGCGAAGUGGAAGGAGUUGGAACCUCCGAUUGACGACGGCAUCAACCUACCAAUCCCUUCCGACUCUGUAGCUGCCUUUGACAACGCCCUAUUCGUCUGGAUAGUGACUCACCAAUACGAGAUCAACGUCAUAGCAACUGCCACUGCGUGCUUGCAAGGCGGCCACUCUCUUCACUUCUCCGAUACUCCUCGGACAAUCGUCUUCGCCUUAGCACCGAUGCCUCAGUUCGUGGCCUCCUUAAUCAGCGGCACACCAGUCGACAGUCCGGCAACGGGCUUCCAUCUAGUCAAUGCGCUAUCUAUGUCUAAGGCCGAGCUCUUCGAUGAUCAUCACCCCCCUGGUACACAGGGCACCUUCGACUGGGAGGAUGCGGUAUCAGGCUGUCGGAACGUGGCGGCGGCGGCGGUUUUGGAUACCGGAGCCAAUCCCGCAUGCAUCGGCGCAUUGCCCGGGAUAUUCCUCAUCAAGCAAUCCCCAGUCCUGCGCCUCCAGCCCGUCAUUGUGACCCGCUUGCCACACGAUCGGGGCGGCACACUUGAUGAGGAGACACGCGCCGUCUUUGAGGACGUCAGGACGCUGUGUGUCUUUCUCAUGUCCGCCGGGCUCGUGAUGCGCCCGUCCAGCGGGGAACACGAGGGUCGUCCUUGGCCCGACGUGGGCACCCUCGUUCGCAAGAAGAAGAAGGAGUGGGGAUGGGAGCCGUUCCCUGACUGGAACUGGGGACGGGCAGCCCCGAUGGUCCCGAGGAAGCUCAUGAAGACUGACCUUCAACCGGAAGAACUAUGGACGCGUUUCUUCAUCCAGUGA